AUGGAGUAUCCCGAACUCGAUCUCGACAAGCUCGACCCUAUCAGUCCGCACGAACUGCAGCUUGCCGAUGGCACAGAUCCCGCCCGUCCGACCCUAUUCGCCAUCAAGGGGAUCGUUUUCGACGUGAGCAGGAAUCCCGCUUUCGCGCCGGGGGGAUGUUAUCACGAAUAUGCGGGGAAAGACCCUUCGCAUGCACUGGCUCGAUCAUCCUUCCAAAAGUCGUCGUGCACAGCUGAGUUUCACCACCUCGGGGAGCAAGAGCAGACGAUUCUCAAUGAGUGGUUUGAGUUCUAUAAGAAGCGGUACAGGAUUGUGGGGAAAGUGUCAUGUGACAGCCAGAGUGAUCAGUCUUGCUGUGAGGCUCUGAUUCGAGAUGAUAAUAUGUUCUAA